AUGCGUUUGGAUAUGAAUCGAUCAAUUCUUUUGAAUCUUCCAACCGAUUGUCUCGUAGAAGUUUUAAGACAUCUUAAAUAUGAUAUAUCUUCUUUAUACUCUUGCAUUUUAGUUAACCGUUUAUGGUGUAAAUUAUCCAUUCCUUUACUUUGGUAUAGUCCAUUCGAAUUUACAAGACAUAAUAAUAAAGCCGAACUUAUUAUUGAAACUUAU